ACAGAGGAACAGAAGCUGUCUCUCAGAGAGAUCUACCACAACAAGCAGAGAACUGAGACCAAACGCACCGACUGGGACCUCUCUCGCACAUGCAGCCCACAUCACCACAGGUGUUAACUCUAGAUCACACUGUUCACCUCCGUCAGUCAGACCGGACCUCCGCUUCACCUCGCCCUCCCACUUCAGCAGCCCGUCGUACCCCACCCUGCCGCACGUCUACCCCCGCGUUGGCACCCCCUGUACCCCAGUUAGCCCAGACAGCAUGGCCGAGGGCAGUGCCAACCCCGGGGACACAGACUGCCCCUCCAAUGCCUCUAGCCUCUCUGCCACCGCACCUACCCCACCAGGGUAGCCUCUGCUCGGAUAAAAGUGGCCCCAUCAUCCCUUUCUACUUCCAAGCCCCUGGUGCUCCCAGCAGCCAGCAGCGCAAGGCCUUGGCCACUCAGGCCAGCGAGGACGAGGGGAGCCACACACACACCAGCAACCUGACGAAACUGGCUGUGUCUGGGAAGCACACGCACUCCCACACACUCUCCCGGGGCAACCCUCGUAUGGAGAAAGCGGCAUCGCUGGAAGACCCUGUGGUCGUCUCUCUGCUGAGAGAGAAUCUGAGGGAGAAACACUGUCGUCAUGUAGCUGAUCUGAAGGCUUACUAUGAGGCGGAGAUCAAACUCCUCAGAGACAAACUGGACCUGAGAGACCUGCCACACGACCUAGAGCAGAGCAACCACACACUCGGACAGAGGUGUGCUCAGCUAGAGAGGGCUCUGUCUGAAGCCAGCAGCCGUAUCCAGGAGCUGGAGAACAAGAACUCCAUCCUGGAAAAACAACUGGCUGACUGGCCGGAGCGCUACGACACAGCCUGCUCCACGGCAACGUCCCUGCAGCAGCGAUUGGACGAAAACAGGCGGUCAGUCAGGGAGAAGGACGCCUCAGCUGGCCGCCUCAGGACCCGGGUCCGGCAGCUAGAGGAGGCCUUGGAGAACGCCUGCAGAGAAACAGAAGAGAAGGAGGCCAGGAGGGAGAGGGAGUACAAGAUGCUGCAGGACCUUCUGGGGGAGUAUGACUCUCUGAGGAAAGAGCACGAGGGGGUGAAGGACAACCUGAUAUCUUCAGAGAACAAGCUGUUUGAUGCCAACGAGCAGAUCUCUAGACUAAAAAGGGUGAUCUGUAAGAUGGAGAGCCAGGUGAAUCAACUGGAUUAUGUGAACCAAGCCAGGAGUCGCCAGGCCGUCCAGAACCACACACAGUCCUCUGGAGCUGGUCUGUACCACCAUCCGGACCUGCUGCUGUCCCCCAGCAAACACCCUCGGCAACAAGAAUCCACAUAUAGGAUAUCUCCUUGCCCUCAAACUGACCAAUCACAUAGCACCAGGAAGUCUCCUCGUCCUCAAACUGACCAAUCGCAGAGUUACAGGAUGUCUCCUUGCCCUCAAACUGACCAAUUGGGCAGCUACAGGAAGUCUCCCUGUCCUCAAACUGACCAAUCAGGCAACUCGGGCCACACUGGCAGCAGGAGGUGUUCGUCCCCUCCAGAGAGUGAGCAGCCCCAGAACCAGGGUGGGGGUGUGAGGGAGGCUCGGGGGCCUCUGACCCCACUGAUGAGGGCCCUGAUAGAGCUUGAGGAGACCAGGACCACUGAGGGCCGGGCCCCCUGGUUGGGCAGCCGGAGGCCUACUGUUGGCUUCAUAGAGAGAAACCUCAGAGAACCACAAACACAGGACCUUGACAGGGCUAUGGAGGAUGUGGCUGGCCUAGAGACGGAAAUGUCCGGGACAGUCAGGGGUGUGUCUCUGCUGAGAGCCCAGAGAAGUCUGUCUCCAGAAGGCCACAGGUCCUCCUCUCUGCCCCCCCGCACCCAGAGGACCACCUUCCCCCCUACUACACCCACUAAGAGGGAGACCCUAAUGAUGCCUCUGUCAGCUAAGUCCAGCCCCAAACGCUGUCCUGCAGAGAACUACUCCACUGCCUUUGGCAACCCACCACCACGACAACAGCUACACAACAGGUUUGACGUGGCGUUAGACCAGAGACGCCACUCCUUCCACAACUCCAGCCCCAGGAAGAGACUGUUCCCAGAAGCCUCCCAGCGGUCGUCUGGUGGCUCAGUGGAGUCCUCAGGCAGUGUUGACCCCCAGGAGGGUGUCUUUGGGCUGGGCUGGCAGGAGCAAGGGACUGGGGGGUCAUGCUCAGACCUCCAGGACCCAGGGACAGACCUCCAGACCAGGCUCCACUCCCUGGCCGACGCUGAGAGGAUGUUAGACGAGCUCACUAUGGAGAAACAACAGAUUGAGUCAGCGUUGAGCCGGAUGCCUGGAUCUGGUGGGAGGGUGAGCUUGCAGACCAGGUUAGAUGAGGUGGCCUUAGAGAACCGUCUAGAGAGAGUAAACCGUGACCUGGGUUCCAUCCGCAUGACCCUGAAGAGGUUCCAUGUUCUACGCUCCUCUGCCAACAUAUAGCAAUGUUUUUAUUAGAUGACGUCAUAGGUAGGGCCUAGAGUUUUUCUGGUCAGUUUGCAUGGUCAGGAAAUACUCCUGGUCCUAGCUAUAGAUGACUAGAUAUCAACUCUGUGUCCUAGUUAUAGAACUAGUUCUAAUUUUCUGUGCUGUAGAUUGAUACAGAGCCCAUAUUGUCCUCUCUUAACUCUCUCUCUGUAUCAUGACCCACAGUCUUUUCUACACAUAUAACUCGGGGAUAUUUUUCUAUAUGUUUGGAAGAGCUCACUAUUUGUGGAGUAUAUUUUUUUGAAAUGCGCAGAUUUGUAAAGUCGUUUACUUUUUUUUUCAUGUUUAAAAAAUACAAAUAUUAUAUGCUUUACUUGCCAUAUUCAAGUCAAUUAUGUCGAUUUUUCAAUAUGGAAGAACCUCCUAAUAUCCAGCAGAGACAUGUACCCAUCUGGAAUGUAUCACUGCCACUUCUGUCUACAUUUUUAUGCAUUGUUUUAAAAUGUUUUAUUCAUCGUACACCGCAUACAAUUGUAUUUAUUACAUUGCAUUUUUAUGUGUUCAUUACAAUGGUGCGUUUAAAAAAAAGAAUUAUAAUAAUAAUCUUUAUAGCCUACAAUGUUCAAUUCUACAAUUUUUGUAUGACCAAGCUAGUAUUAUAUUCUUCAGUUUCACCAUUACUUGAUCCUUUACAAAAACCUUGUACUGUAGCACAUUUUUAAUUGCUUUCCAUUUUUAUAUAUAUAUUUUUUAUCUCCUUUGAACAUUCCAUUUGUUUUGUGUUAAUUCCAUGUUGUGAAGGGAGGGAUUUCACCAGUACCUAACCACCCUCUCUUCUCUGUAUACUAUGGAUCUCAUGCAAAAACCAAACCAGCACACAUUUGAAAUAACAAACACACACAAGUACACUGCUUGUUGUAAUGCAUGGUAGUUGCACUGUUUCAGUUUCUUUGGUCAAGUUGUGUUUUAUUAACAUUUUUUGCAAUGACUUGAAAUGAACCUCACUGGAACAAAAAAUGUACUGUUUGCGCACAAUAAAUAAUGCUUACAUUAUUACAACA